UCUUCUUCUUCUUCGUGACUUCGCAAUUUAGUAAUUUUCUGUCGAAAGUGCUCAAGUUCCCGUAAUGAAGUGUGGAAAGCGAUGAAAAUUCAAAACAUAUGUGACUUGACUAUCAGCUGAAGCCACGAAACGAACCUAUGAACGUCGAGUACAUUCGUCUAUGGAACACAUCUUUAUGGCACUUUGUGGCCCCCAGAAAUUGCUUAAAUACACAGAAGUACUUGGCGCUCUUGUGGUUUCAGUUGAUAUCUAUUUACAUCUAUGAUUUGUAUGGCAACUCCUCCUCUGUCCUCCCCUGCUGAGGCGUUAUCUUCUGCAGCAGCCCAACGCAACGUCAGCGUAUACGCCAGGGAGUUUGCUCAGGCCAUGGAUGAAGCUGAUCCACUGCGACAGUUUAGGCAAAAAUUCGACUACCCCAAGAAAGGAACACUGCCGAAUGCAAAAGUAAGCCCAACGGAAGCUGAAGAAGACUGCCUUUACUUCUGUGGCUUCAGUUUAGGCCUUAAACCGAAAAUGGUAGAUGCCCUUGUACAAGAUCAACUGGACCGAUGGGCUAAAAUGGGAUCUGGUACCUACCAGACAAAACCAGCGCCUACUGUACUGUGCGAUCACAUCGGACGAGAAGAAAUUGCCAAGUUGGUAGGAGCUGAUCCCAAGUGCGUCACUUCCAUGAAUGGCCUUAGCGUCAACCUCCAUCUUCUUCUUGUGUCUUUCUACCAGCCUACGAGGACUCGCUACAAGAUACUCAUAGAGAAAGGCGCCUUCUGCUCUGACAGGUAUGUCAUGAAGACCCAGGCAUCCUUGAGGGGUUAUGAUCCUGAUGAAGCCAUCUUAGAAGUUGGUCCCAGACCAGGAGAACAUUUGAUCUAUAUAGACGACAUACUUCAGAUCCUCGAGAAGGAAGGUGACAGCAUCUGCGUAGUGUGUCUCAGCGGCGUGCAGUACUACACGGGACAGAAAUUUGACAUGGAGGUCAUCACGAAAGCAGCCCACGCCAAGGGGGCGUAUGUUGGGUGGGACCUCGCCCACGCCAUUGGCAACGUCGAAAUCUGUUUAGACAAAUGGGGCGUUGACUUCGCGUGUUGGUGUUCCAACAAGUAUCUGUGUGGAGGUCCUGGAGGCAUAGGCGGGGGUUACCUGAACUCGAAGCACGACAGCCGCGAGGCGGUCCACUUGAAGGGCUGGUGGAGCAAUAAGGACUCCACCAAAUUUGAAAUGAGGCAGGAGUGUGACACGGCUGAAGGAAUUGAUGCUUUUAGGAUAGCGACUCCCUCCUCAGUUCUUGUAGCUUGUCUGAAGCCAGGACUUGAUAUUUUAUGCGAAGCAGGCAUGGACAGGAUACUGAGGAAGCAGUUCCUCUUGACGGGCUAUCUGGAGAUGCUGAUAGACAAGGAGUUUGGGAUUGGCCGUGAUGGGAACGUCCCCAUGGUGACGAUCGUGACACCCCGCGAUCCGAUGCAACGAGGGUCCCAACUUUCCCUGGAAUUUUCCGUGCCUUUGCUGGAGGUCCUUUCUCUGCUGGAAGCUCGAGGAGUUGUGUGUGACAUCCGACAACCCAGCGUGAUGAGAGUCUCCCCAAUCCCCACAUACAACUCCUUCUGUGACGUCUUCGACUUCGUCAGGGUGCUGAAGGAGGUCAUUGACCUUUGUGAGGAACGAAGAGGAAUGAUGAGUUAGUAUGUGCAUAUAUUUUUGAGUGAAUCUGACCCGCAUUCUUACAAUGAAGGAAGCUAUUUCAAAACAUGAACUCGAAUAGGCCUAGUAAGACUCCUGGACACGUAAUCAGUGUUGAAUAAAUCUUUUCCACCAUC